UUGUGAUAUCAGCUUAAUUGAGUUUUUGAACUCGAAAGAUUAGUAUUAAUUAGUUAGUGCAACAUUAACAUUAUAUACAUAUGUCCAAGUUCGGUCUGAAGAAAUUACUCGUAUCGUUGUCCUCCAUUUCGGGAAUUGGAAAACCAAGUGUUGGGCACAUACUAGUAGUUGUUUUUCUGGAAUACUUCGCAUGGGGCCUGCUGACAAUGCCCAUGAUAGCCACUCUAAAGGAGACCUUCCCAGAGCACACGUUCCUCAUGAACGGAUUGGUCAUGGGUGUCAAGGGAAUACUCUCGUUUCUAUCGUCGCCCCUGAUCGGAGCUCUAUCGGAUAUAUAUGGGCGGAAAGUGCUGCUCCUUGUAACAGUGAUCUUCACUUGCCUACCGAUCCCCAUGAUGACCAUGGAUAACUGGUGGUUCUUUGUGAUUAGUUCGCUCAGUGGAGUUUUGGGCGUUAGCUUCUCAGUGGUUUUCGCCUAUGUGGCGGAUGUUACCACAAAGGAAGAGCGCUCUAGAUCCUAUGGACUGGUAUCGGCCACCUUUGCUGCCAGUUUGGUGAUCGCUCCGGCAAUGGGUAAUCUCAUAAUGGAUCUUUACGGAAUUAAUACUGUGGUGCUAGUAGCAACGUUGGUCUCCAUAACGAACGUGAUGUUUGUACUGCUGGCUGUGCCCGAAAGUUUGCAACGAAACGUUAGAUCCACUGAAUUGAGCUGGAGACAAGCGGAUCCUUUUCAAUCCCUGCGAAGAGUCGGCUCGGAUCCCAAUAUCCUGCUACUGUGCAUAGUGGUGUUCAUGUUUCUACUUCCCGAAGCCGGCGAAUACUCCAGUGUGCCAGCCUAUCUGAAGCUGACAAUGGGAUUUGAUUUCACGGAACUCUCGACGCUGGUGGCCCUAAUGGCCAUAUUGAGCAUUUCGAUAAACGUGACCUUGGGAUAUAUAGUGAAGGCAUUGGGUGCCAAGAAGGCUAUAAUACUGGGAUUGCUUCUGGAACUGCUGCAACUAAUACUCUACGCCAUAGGAAACGAAAAGUGGCAAAUGUGGCCAGCCGGAAAUGUAGCUGCCCUGAGUUCCAUCACCUUUCCGGCCGUGAGUGUCUAUGUAUCCCUCUACACGGAUGCCGAAACCCAGGGAGCAGUUCAGGGAAUGAUCACGGGAAUGUCGGGAUUGUGCAGUGGACUUGGACCCGCUCUGUUCGGUAUCGUAUUCUACCUAUCCGACAUGGAUUUGGAUGAGGAUCGAAUUUUAAUAGGCAGUGUAAGUGGAGAUCGCACGGUGGUCGGUCCCUUUAUGAUUGGAGCUAUCUCUGUGUUUAUCGGCAUUCUGUUGGCGUCGUAUAUCCCAGACGAAAGGGUUUCCAGGGGAAGGAGAGAGGAAUUUUCCGCACUGACGUAUAUUAUUGAAAUGGAGGAGGCGCCAACAUUAUAGUCUAAACAAAUCUUUAUUUAGAUAGAUGGUUAAGCUUAAAAUAUGAGUAGUUGCCAUAGUAUAACUUGUUUAAAAAAAUAAGAAACAUUUUCAAAGUUCUUUUUAAUUUUUAAUAUUAAAGCUUGCAUAUUAUUUGCGUUUUGCGAUAAUGAAAAUAGUUGGGAUUUAGUGGGUUAAGAUUUAGACGCUAUGUCGGUCGUUGUCUUCAUUUAAUCAGCCACUUUAGCACAGCCUCUCAGUCGACGACCGCGUCUGUUUAUUUUGGUUUUUGUUUUCCAAUUUCCUUGGCAUUUCCCUGCUGUUUAUUUAUAAAUUUUCAUUUUGCUCUUCGUAUUUGUUUAGAAGCUGCAAAUUCACAACAGUUUGUUGACUCUUACGCAACAGUCUGGCCUUUUGUUUGUUGUGCCCAUCAGCAUGUUGCAAUCGGUAGCAAAAGAAAUUGCCAAAAGAUAAUUUAUUAACAACAAUUGCAGAAACCCAUAAAUAGAACAAGCUGUCCUGAAAUAUACACAUGUAUAUUUCCCCAUCUAUUGGCAAACAAGCGUUCCUGUUUGGCAGAUGUAUACCCUCAGUUUUUUUGAUUUUUUGGUUUUGCUCAAACACAGGCAAAGCUGAAAACUUUCCAUUUGAAAAAGCGAGAAUCCCAUUAAACUUGUACGUACGUAUGUAUGUAUGUAAAGCCCAACGUAUGUAAAGAGCCAUAAAGUUGAGAAAAUAGUGUGAUUAUACUGAAACACGUGCAUGCAAAACCGAUUCUCUUACUCUCUUAGGGACCUGAAAAUAUGGGGAGAACAUGAGAAAGAGUCUCAGUGGCGUCGACUGGGUAAAUAUUAUUUAAGCGAGAUGCAGGGGCGGAUUCAAUUGAAUUCGGGUGCGGAACAGGGUGUCGAAAGGUAAAGUUUUGUAAUAUAAUAGAUACUGUGUAUAUGAGUAAAUUAAAUUGGGUAAUUAUUUCCAUUAUCUCGUUGGGCAUCAAUCUAGAUAUUAUUUUUUGAUUUAUUCUUAAAUUUACCCAAUGUAUGAAAUGAUAUGGUACAUAUGAUAUAAACAGGUUUUUUGUAUUUGAGAUGAGAGAUGUGAAAUGCCAAACCAUUUAUGUACAUAGCUUCAGAAUAACCCGCCCUGUAGCGAAAUUUCAGUGACACAUAACUUUUAUCUCGCUAUGUUGGUGUUGUAUGCCUCCUUUUUUAGGUUUUUUCAGCCGCGUCUGGGAUUUCUGCCAUUGGCCUUCAAUUUCGAUUCUUUGGCGAGCAUUAUCAACUAGUCACACAAAUGUAUGGAACAUAUGUU